GUCAGUAGCCGCUCCUUAUUACAGUAUUGCGGAGUACUUUCUACACUCUAUUGUACACAUGUGUAACACUGCAAUGUAAUAUUGAUUGCGUAGCCGGCUGCAGUUCUGUUUUCGCAUUGAUUGGGCAGAGCUGGACAUUUAAGAAGCUCUUGACUUCUGUUACAAAACAAACUGUUUCGUUGAAUCGACGUAUCCAUCAUGGAGCAGAUCCCACCACCGAAAGAGGUGAAGAUCCUCGAAACAGCAGAGGACAUUCAGGAGCGUCGUGAGGAGGUUUUGAACCGCUAUGAAGAGUUUAAGCAGGAAGCCCGUGCCAAACGUGAGAAACUCGAGGACUCCCGUCGCUUCCAGUACUUCAAGCGUGAUGCUGAUGAACUCGAGUCGUGGAUUCAGGAGAAGCUUCAGGCCGCCAGCGAUGAGAGCUACAAAGAUCCCACCAACCUUCAGGCGAAAAUCCAGAAACAUCAAGCAUUCGAAGCGGAGGUAGCUGCGCACUCCAAUGCUAUUGUAGUUUUGGACAACACCGGGUCAGAGAUGAUAGCUGCGGGACACUUCGCUUCGGAGACCAUCCGUCGGCGCUUGGACGAACUACACCGUCUCUGGGAACUGUUGCUGUCCCGCCUCGCCGAGAAGGGCAUGAAGCUGCAGCAGGCGCUUGUACUGGUGCAGUUUCUGAGGCACUGCGAUGAAGUCAUGUUCUGGAUUCAUGACAAGGAAACGUUUGUGUGCGCGGAUGAGUUCGGUUCUGACCUGGAGCAUGUUGAGGUGCUUCAGCGCAAGUUCGACGAGUUCCAGAAGGACAUGGCCGCCCAGGAGUACCGGGUCACUGAAGUCAACCAGCUGGCCGAGAGACUCGUACUCGAAGGACACCCUGAAAGGGAAACCAUCGUCAAGAGAAAAGACGAGUUGAACGAAGCCUGGCAGCGCCUGCGUCAAAUGGCACUCAUGCGUCAAGAACGUUUGUUCGGAGCCCACGAGAUCCAGCGCUUCAAUCGCGAUGCCGACGAGACCAUCGCCUGGAUCUCGGAGAAGGAUGCCGUGCUCGGAUCCGACGACUACGGGCGCGACCUGGCUACCGUGCAGACGCUACAGCGCAAGCACGAAGGAGUAGAGCGCGAUCUGGCCGCGUUAGAGGACAAGGUGUCGGUGCUGGAAGGAGAGGCCGUCCGCCUGGGGGCCAUCCACGGCGCGCACGCCGACGCCAUCAGCGCCAAGCGCGACGAGGCGCACGCGGCCUGGCAGCGCCUGGUGCAGCGCGCCGCGCACCGCCGGCAGCGCCUCGAGGCCGCGCUCGCGCUGCACCGCUUCCUGGCCGACUACCGCGACCUGCUCUCCUGGCUCGCAGACAUGCGGGCGCUCAUCGCCGCCGACGACCUCGCCAAGGACGUGCCCGGGGCCGAGGCUCUGCUCGAGAGGCACCAGGAGCACAAGGGCGAGAUGGACGCGCGCGCGGACGUGAUCGGCGCGUGUGCCGUGGCGGGGCAGGCGCUGGUGGCCAGCGAGCACCACGCGGCGGCCGACGUGUCCGCGGCGCUGCACACGCUGGAGCGGGAGGCCGCAGCGCUGCAGCAGCUGUGGGAGCAGCGCCGCGUGCUCUACCUGCAGUGCAUGGACCUGCAACUCUUCUACCGCGACACUGAACAAGCCGACGCCUGGAUGCACAAACAAGAGGCUUUCCUUGCGAACGAAGAUGUAGGAGACUCUUUAGACUCCGUGGAAGCUUUGCUGAAGAAACACGAAGACUUUGAAAAGUCACUCGCCGCGCAAGAAGAGAAGAUCAAGGCCCUAGACGAGUUCGCUACCAAACUUAUUGAGGGCAACCAUUACGCCGCCGACGAUGUCGCACAAAGACGAGAGAUGUUGUUGGAGCGUCGUGCGGCUUUACUAGAGAAGUCGAACCAGCGCCGCGCUCUCCUCGAAGACGCCUACAAGUAUCAACAGUUCGAACGCGAUUGUGAUGAAACUAAAGGCUGGGUAAACGAGAAGCUGAAGUUCGCCACCGACGACUCGUACUUGGAUCCGACCAACCUGAAUGGCAAGGUGCAGAAACAUCAGAACUUCGAACAGGAGCUGCAGGCCAACAAGCCUCGCGUCGACGAGAUAACGGCCGUCGGCAAGCGUCUGCUUGAGCUCGAACAUUUUGCUCAACCUCAAAUAUCGUCUCGCGUGGAAGAGCUGGGCGGAAUAUGGGAGCGACUGGUGCAGUCUUCGGAGCUGAAGGGAAACAAGUUGCAGGAAGCGGCUCAACAACAGCAGUACAAUCGGGCCGUCGAGGACAUUGAACUUUGGCUCUCGGAAGUUGAAGGACAGCUGCUCAGCGAGGACUACGGGAAGGAUCUGACCAGCGUGCAGAAUCUCCAGAAGAAGCACGCGCUGUUGGAGGCCGACGUGAGCUCGCACGCCGAACGCAUCGACGCCAUACGGAACCAGGCCGAGCAGUUCAUAGAGAAGGGACACUUCGACGCGGAUAACAUCAAGGCUAAGCGGGACGCGUUGGUGGGCCGAUACGCGGCUCUGGAUGCGCCCAUGGCGGUGCGCAAGCGGAGGCUGCUGGACUCGCUGCAGGCGCAGCAGCUGUUCCGCGACCUGGACGACGAGGCCGCCUGGAUACGGGAGAAGGAGCCCGUAAUUGCGUCCACGAACAGAGGUCGCGACCUGAUCGGCGUCCAGAACCUUAUGAAGAAGCACCAGGCCGUGCUGGGCGAGAUGGCGCAGCACGAGGCGCGCGUGGAGGCGGUGCGGGCGGCCGGGGCUGCGCUGCGGGACGCCGGACACUUCGCCGCCGCCGACAUCGCCGCCAGACUCACGCAGCUCCGCGACAACUGGACACAGCUGCAGGAGAAGGCGCUGCAGCGUAAACAAGACCUCGAAGACUCUCUUCAAGCUCAGCAGUACUUUGCUGAUGCCAACGAAGCUGAAUCUUGGAUGAGAGAGAAGGAGCCCAUCGCCUGCACCCAGGACUACGGAAAGGACGAGGACUCCUCUGAGGCGCUGCUAAAGAAACACGAGGCCUUGCUGUCUGACUUGGAAGCUUUCGGGAAUACCAUCAAGUCGCUGAGGGAACAGGCCAAUUCAUGCAGACAGCAGGAGUCGCCCGUGGUGGACGAGUCGGGCAAGGAGUGCGUGGCGGCGCUGUACGACUACGCGGAGAAGUCACCGCGCGAGGUCUCCAUGAAGCGCGGCGACGUGCUCACGCUGCUCAACUCCAACAACAAGGACUGGUGGAAGGUGGAAGUAAACGACCGCCAAGGCUUCGUCCCGGCCGCAUACGUCAAGAAGAUCGACGCCGGACUGUCGUCCUCCCAGCAGAACCUCGCCGACUCCAACUCCAUCGCCGCCAGACAGAAUCAGAUCGAGUCGCAGUAUGACAACCUGCUGGGGCUGGCGCGCGAGCGGCAGAACAAACUCAACGAGACCGUCAAGGCCUACGUGCUGGUGCGGGAGGCGGCCGAGCUCGCCACCUGGAUCAAGGACAAGGAGAUGCACGCUCAAGUUCAAGACGUGGGCGAAGAUCUGGAGCAGGUCGAGGUGAUGCAGAAGAAGUUCGACGACUUCCAGAACGACCUGCGCGCCAACGAGGUGCGGCUCGCCGAGAUGAACGAGAUCGCCGUGCAGCUGAUGACCGUCGGACAGACCGAGGCAGCCCUGAAGAUCAAGACUCAGAUGCAGGAGCUGAACUCGAAGUGGAGCUCGCUGCAGCAGCUGACGGCGGAGCGCGCGGCGCAGCUGGGCUCGGCGCACGAGGUGCAGCGCUUCCACCGCGACGUCGACGAGACCAAGGACUGGAUCGCGGAGAAGGACGCCGCGCUCGCCUCCGACGACCUGGGCCGCGACCUGCGCUCCGUGCAGACCCUGCAGCGCAAGCAUGAAGGCCUAGAGCGCGAUUUAGCAGCCCUCGGCGACAAGAUCCGCCAACUGGACGACACCGCCAACCGGCUGAUGUCCACGCACGGGGACUCCGCCGACGCUACCUACAGCAAGCAGAUAGAGAUCAACGAAGCCUGGCAGCAACUGCAGGCGCGCGCCAAUGCCAGGAAGGAGAAGCUUCUGGACUCCUACGACCUGCAGAGGUUCUUGUCGGACUACCGCGACUUGAUGGCGUGGAUCAACUCGAUGAUGGCGCUGGUGAGCUCGGACGAACUCGCCAAUGACGUCACCGGCGCUGAGGCCCUGCUGGAAAGACAUCAGGAGCACCGUACGGAGAUGGACGCUCGCGCGGGCACGUUCCAGGCUCUGGAACUGUUCGGCCAGCAGCUGCUGCAGGGCGGCCACUACGCCAGCGUCGACAUACAGGAGAAGCUCAACAACAUGAGCGACGCCAGACAGGAACUCGAGAAAGCUUGGGUGAACCGACGCAUGAAGUUAGACCAGAACUUGGAGCUGCAGCUGUUCUACCGUGACUGCGAGCAGGCGGAGGGCUGGAUGGCCGCUCGCGAGGCCUUCCUGGCGCCCGCGGACCACGCCGACUCCGCCGACCAGCAGCAGCCGGACAACGUCGAGCAACUCAUCAAGAAACACGAAGACUUCGACAAGGCCAUCAAUGCUCACGAGGAGAAGAUUGCCCAGCUGCAGACGUUGGCCGACCAGCUGAUCGCUUCCGACCACUACGCGACCGACGACAUCGACGACAAGCGCAAGCAGGUGCUCGACCGCUGGAGGCACCUCAAGGAGGCACUCAUAGAGAAACGCUCCAGAUUGGGUGAUGAACAAACUCUGCAACAAUUCUCUCGCGACGCUGACGAGAUGGAGAAUUGGAUCAUGGAGAAGAUGCAGUUAGCUACUGAAGAGAGUUACAAGGACCCAACCAAUAUUCAGUCCAAACAUCAGAAGCACCAGGCGUUCGAAGCAGAACUGGCGGCCAACGCCGAGCGCAUCCAGUCCGUGCUCGCCAUGGGAGGCAACCUCGUGCAGCGCGGACAGUGCAGCGGCAGCGAGGAUGCCGUGCAGGCUCGUCUCGCUUCCAUCGCUGACCAAUGGGAGUACCUCACUCAGAAGACUACAGAGAAGUCUCUGAAAUUGAAAGAAGCGAACAAGCAGCGGACUUACAUUGCUGCCGUUAAAGAUCUGGACUUCUGGCUCGGUGAGGUCGAGAGCUUGUUGACCUCAGAAGACUCCGGCAAGGACCUGGCUUCUGUUCAGAACUUAAUGAAGAAACACCAGCUCGUGGAAGCUGAUAUCCAAGCUCACGAGGACAGAAUCAAUGACAUGAACGGGCAGGCGGACGCGCUGGUGGAGAGCGGGCAGUUCGACAGCGCCGGCAUCGGCUCGCGCCGCGACGCCAUCAACGAGCGCUUCGAGCGCGUGCGCAACCUCGCCGCGCACCGCCGCGCCAGACUGCACGAGGCCAACACGCUGCACCAGUUCUUCAGGGACAUCGCCGACGAGGAGUCCUGGAUCAAGGAGAAAAAACUUUUGGUCGCUUCGGAUGACUACGGCCGCGACUUGACCGGCGUCCAGAACUUACUGAAGAAGCACAAGCGUCUCGAAGCGGAACUUGCGAGUCACGAGCCCGCCAUACAAGCCGUGCAGGAGGCCGGCGAGAAGCUGAUGGACGUGUCCAACCUUGGCGUGCUCGAGAUCGAACAGCGGCUGAAAGCUCUGGCCUUGGCCUGGGAUGAACUCCAAGCGCUGGCUGCCGAGCGAGGGGCCAAGCUGCAGCAGUCGCUCGCCUACCAACAGUUCCUUGCCAAGGUUGACGAAGAGGAGGCCUGGAUCAGCGAGAAGCAGCAGCUGGUGGCGGUGGGCGAGUGCGGAGACAGCAUGGCGGCGGUGCAGGGCCUGCUGAAGAAGCACGAGGCGCUGGAGGCGGAGCUGGCGGCGCGCGGCGAGCGGGUGCGCGAGCUGGCGGCGGCGGGCGACGCGCUGCUGGCGGCCGGCAACCUGCACCACGACGCGCUGGCGCACCGCAUCCGCGCCCUGCAGGCCAAACUGGAAAAGCUCACGGCAUUGGCGGCUCGUCGCAAGGUAGCCCUUGUAGACAACUCCCUCUAUCUGCAGCUACUGUGGAAGGCCGACGUGGUGGAAUCCUGGAUCGCAGACAAGGAGACACACGUGCGAUCUGAUGAGUUCGGUCGAGAUCUGUCCACUGUGCAGACAUUGCUCACCAAGCAAGACACUUUCGAUGCUGGUCUGGCGGCGUUCGAGCACGAAGGGAUCCAGAACAUCACGUCUCUGAAAGAGCAGCUGGUGGCGGCGGGGCACGAGCAGACGCCCGCCAUCGUGAAGCGGCACGGUGACGUCAUCGCGCGCUGGCAGCGACUGCUCUCCGACUCCGCCACCAGGAAGCAACGGCUGCUGCAGCUGCAGGACCAGUUCCGACAGAUCGAGGAACUCUACCUCACCUUCGCCAAAAAGGCUUCUGCAUUCAACUCGUGGUUCGAGAACGCGGAGGAGGACCUGACGGACCCCGUGCGCUGCAACUCCAUCGAGGAGAUACGCGCGCUCAAGGACGCGCACGCGCAGUUCCAGGCAUCGCUGUCGUCGGCCCAGAGCGACUUCGAGGCGCUGGCCGCGCUGGACGCGCAGAUCAAGUCGUUCAACGUGGGCGCCAACCCCUACACUUGGUUCACGAUGGAGGCGCUCGACGACACGUGGCGCAACUUGCGCAAGAUUAUCGCGGAGCGAGACGUGGAGUUGUCGAAGGAAGCUCAACGGCAGGAGGAGAACGACAAGCUGCGGAAGGAGUUCGCCAAGCACGCCAACACCUUCCACCAGUGGCUCACCGAGACUCGGUACCGGUUGCUAGGCUGGGACGGCACAUCAAUGAUGGAGGGCACGGGUUCCCUGGAACAACAGUUGGCGACGCUGCGCCAACGAGCGUCCGAAGUACGCGCCCGCAGAGCUGACCUGAGACGCCUUGAAGAGUUAGGCGCCGCCCUGGAGGAGCAUCUGAUCCUGGACAACCGCUACACGGAGCACAGCACCGUGGGACUAGCGCAGCAGUGGGACCAGCUGGACCAGCUCUCUAUGCGCAUGCAGCACAACCUCGAGCAGCAGAUACAAGCCAGGAACCAUUCCGGUGUAAGCGAAGACGCCCUGAAGGAGUUCUCGAUGAUGUUCAAGCACUUCGACAAGGAUCGAUCUGGACGCCUCAACCACCACGAGUUCAAGUCGUGUCUGCGAGCCCUCGGGUACGACCUGCCCAUGGUUGAAGAGGGACAACCCGAUCCUGAGUUUGAAUCUAUACUCAGUAUCGUAGAUCCGAACCGCGACGGCCAAGUAUCCCUUCAAGAGUACAUGGCCUUCAUGAUCAGCAAGGAGACCGAGAACGUGCACUCCUCCGAGGAGAUCGAGAACGCGUUCCGCGCCAUCACCGCGCACCAGGACCGGCCCUACGUCACCAAGGAAGAACUGUACGCGAACCUCACGAAGGAGAUGGCGGACUACUGCGUGGCGCGCAUGAAGCCCUACGUGGAGCCGAAGACGGAGCGCCCCAUACCCAACGCGCUCGACUACAUCGACUUCACACACACUCUGUUCCAAAACUAAAACCUUCCCCUCCCCCUACCCGCGACCGGCCCCGCCACGUUCAUUAAAUUUAUCAACUAACUCGCUUUUUAUUUGGUCACCUUCCUCGUGCAGCGCGAAUGGCGGUCGUGAGCGUAAUUGCUAUUUUAUUACGACUGAAUAUAACUUAUUGAACGUUAGCUAGGCAAAUAUAAAUUAUUAACUGCUUAUAAGCUUAUCCAUGUUAUUCCACUGAGCAUUUAUAAAUUAUAAUCGUAAGUGUUGAAAAAUACGAUGAUUUCUAUCGAGUAGCUGAUCGCGCGUGUCGUUAGGACGGCGAUGGUUCAAUGGGAACGCGCACCGUCCGACUCGAUCCGGGAGAGUUUACUCACACUUGUACAUGUUCCCAGGUUCAUGUACUGUAACGGUAUGGAUUUCUUUUCUCUGAACCCAGCAGAGGGAUACGAAGCUACCGUUAAGACUGUGCUUGGUCAAGUUAAAAGUUCUAUAGAAGUAUUAUUUAUGUACGCCAUUAUAAUAUGACAUGUGUUUCGAAGCUUUGCUGAAACUCUAUAUUUAUUUUUUGUAUUCUUUAUGAUAUUACAAUAAAUAUUUGUUUAAAACUUAAAA